AUGCUCAAAGUGUCUCAUAUCUCUACGAAACCUUUCGAGGGACAAAAGCCUGGUACUAGUGGUCUUCGUAAGCGAGUUCCUGAGUUCCAACAAGAACACUAUACUGAAAACUUCGUACAAGCUGUUAUUGAUGGAGGACUCUCGACCAGCAAAAAAGGCGCUACACUCGUUGUAGGUGGUGAUGGAAGAUAUUUGUCAAUGGAGGCUGUUAAUGUCAUCAUCAAAAUUGCCGCUGCUAAUGGAUUAGCACGUUUAGUUGUAGGGCAAAAUGGAUUUCUAUCCACACCUGCUCUGUCCCAUCUCAUCCGUAAAGGGUGGAAAGGACAGAAAAUUGAUGGAGGAAUAAUUCUGACUGCUAGUCAUAACCCAGGAGGUCCAAAAGGAGAUUUUGGAAUCAAGUUCAACUGCGAAAACGGUGGACCUGCUCCAGAUGCGGUCACCAAUGCCAUCUACAACAUUACAACGAAGAUUUCCAGUUAUGCCAUAUGUACUGACUUACAGUGUGAUUUCACACAAAUCGGAAGUUAUGAGUACAACAUCGAAGGAGUGGGCAGGUUUGUUGUUGACGUCAUCGAUUCCGUGGAAGACUAUGUUAACUUAAUGAAAACCAUUUUUGAUUUCAAUAAGAUCAAGUCCUUCCUCUCAGGAGGUCAAUUCAAUGUUCUUAUCGAUUCUAUGCACGGAGCUACAGGUCCAUACAUCUCGACCAUUCUUUGUGAUGAAUUGGGAUGUUCUAGUAAAAAUUUAUUGAGAACUGUUCCAAAAGUUGAUUUUGGUGGUGGACAUCCUGAUCCAAAUCUCACUUAUGCUAAAGGACUCGUGGAUCAGCUCAAGCUUGGUGAGCACGAUUUUGGCGCUGCUUUCGACGGAGAUGGAGAUCGCAACAUGAUUCUGGGAAAAAAUGGUUUCUUCGUGACCCCUAGUGAUUCUUUGGCGGUAAUCGCUGAUAACUUGGAAUCAAUCCCCUAUUUCAGAAACAAGAAAGUAUCAGGAUAUGCUCGUUCUAUGCCCACCGCCGGUGCUGUUGAUUUGGUUGCCAAGGCUAAAGGACUGGAGAUUUUCGAAACACCGACAGGAUGGAAAUAUUUUGGAAAUCUCAUGGAUGCCGGUCGAAUGUGUUUGUGCGGUGAAGAAUCAUUUGGCACAGGAAGUGAUCAUAUAAGGGAGAAAGACGGUGUUUGGGCCAUGCUUGCUUGGCUCCAAAUCCUGGCAGAGAAGAGACAAUCAGUUGAGGACAUUGUAAGAGCUCACUGGAAAAAAUAUGGAAGAAAUGUCUUUACGAGAUAUGACUACGAAAAUGUAGAUUCUGCCGGAGCCAACAUAUUAAUGACUUUCUUGGAAGCCCAAUUACCCGCUUUCGUUGGAAGACCACUAUCAGCAAAUAAUGUGACCUAUAAGGUUUCCUUGGCCGAUAAUUUCCAAUAUGUUGAUCCAAUUGAUGGAUCUUUAGCGACUAAACAAGGUGUUCGUGUUGUUUUCGAAGACGGAAGUCGGUUAGUAUUCCGACUUUCUGGAACAGGUUCCGCUGGAGCCACAAUCCGGCUCUACGUAGAUUCUUACGUAUCUAACACUGACGAAUCGAAGUUGUUCUCGCCGUCCCAAGAUUUAUUGAGACCAUUGGUUUUGAUUGCGUUGGAUUUAUGCAAAAUGGAACAAUUCACAGGAAGAAAGGCCCCCACUGUGAUUACAUAA